CCAAUCUCUGGCUUGUGCACGGAGCAGUCGGCGGCGAGCCUUCCCGAAAGGCUAAAUAUCGUCGAACAGCUCUUUGCACCAACCACGCCUCCUUUAGCUAGCAUUACAUUGGUGUGGACCUGCACACCAUUUUAUGUACGGUUGUUAAGACGUCACACCUCUUGCUACCUGGUUUAACACCGAAACUGAUAAGAAUGGGCGGCCGAUGGGCGCUGAGCGCCCUUGCAGUCGUCUUGCUGGUGUCACAUGCAUCGGCAGCUGGCUUCAAUGUGUGGCUGUACAACAACUCCGCUGUUGUUGCUGGUACCACUCGUGUCAGCCUUAUCUCUGAGAACAUUAAGUACUUCGCGAAUGGCAGCGUGGUGAAGCAGACCUCGUCUCAGCCCACUCUUUCGGGUUCUGCUGGCUACGUAAUUCCAGGCAACAAGGCCUCCUACUACGUCACCGAGUUGCUUGCCUCCUCACCGGGCAAGCUCACCGCCCUGACCAACUGGGUCAAGGCGGGCGGCGCGCUCGUCCUGUUGGAUGGAGCCGCUUCCGACAACUUCUUCCCGCUGAUCAGCGCGGUGCUGGGCUGGGACCCGGUCUGCAAGGCGGUCAACAUCACUGCCGACACUGAUGUGCAGAAGCGUGUCAGCACCGGCUACUUUGCCGCCCUGAGCGCCAAGACCAAGGUCAGGCGCAACCAGGGCCUCUCCGCCAUCAAGUGCGCCAAGGGGCAGCCCAUCUACUCGUGGUUCAAGGGCGGCGUGCAGUUCUCCACCUCCAUGACCUGGUCGCUGGGCAGCGGCGCCGUCUACUGGGUGGGCUCCUCCUUCCAGGUGCCGCACCUGUACGGCUUCCAGGAGGUUGUGGGUGCUGCCAUCCUUACGUCCGCAAACGCCGCCCCCGCGAGCCCCUCGCCCAGCCCCGUCCCCUCGCCGUCGCCCUCGCCCAAGCCCAGCCCCUCGCCUUCCCCUAAGCCCAGCCCGUCUCCGUCGCCCAAGCCUAGCCCUUCUCCCAGCCCCUCGCCCAAGCCGAGCCCUUCUCCCAGCCCCGUCCCUUCCCCGUCGCCAUCUCCAUCGCCGAGCCCCUCGCCCUCGCCCAGCCCAAGCCCCUCCCCGAGCCCCUCGCCCUCGCCCAGCCCAAGCCCCUCCCCGAGCCCCUCGCCCAGCAGCCCAAGCCCGUCGCCAACUCCUUCUCCUGACCCUGUCCCGUCACCCGAGGUAGCUGUACACUCGCCCCCUCCUCCUCCUCCCCCUCCGUCUCCUCCUCCGCCCCCUCCGCCGUCCCCUCCACCACCACCGCCUCCCUCCCCUCCUCCUCCGUCCCCGCCUCCCCCCUCCCCUCCUCCUCCGUCCCCGCCUCCCCCCUCUCCUCCUCCUCCGUCCUCUCCUCCCCCUCCAUCUCCUCCUCCCCCUUCCCCCCCUCCUCCUCCCCCUCCCUCCCCUCCCCCUCCCUCCCCUCCUCCUCCCUCGCCGCCUCCCCCCUCACCGCCUCCCCCCUCGCCGCCUCCCCCCUCGCCGCCUCCCCCCUCGCCGCCUCCCUCAUCUCCGCCACCACCACCUCCCAAGCUGCUCAGCCCGCCCCCCAACACCAAGCCCCCGCCCCCAGCUGGCAGGAGGAAGUCCCCGCCGCCCCCGGUGGAGGCGCCUCCCCCUGAGGACCUCGCUCCCCCACCUAACGACUUCCCUCCCCCCGAUGAUGGAAUGUAAACCACCUGGCAACGUGUUUGGGACGGUACAGCACAGUUGACAUCACCUCCCGCCUCGCGUCCCGCUGCAGUGUGUUCUUCGUAUUGAACUGAGCCAUACCCGCGUGCGCACAAUAAAUUGUCCGUUUUCGUUGGCACCGUCUGGCAUUGCGCUUGGGUUGAUACAGCGUUUACGCUGUAUCAUAAUUGACCCAUGGUUGGACAACGUGAUCCAAAAUAACGUUAACGCACGCUUGGCUCGUUAAUACCAGCUGGGUAGCGAUACGGGUUCUCUGAUGUCGCUGAAAUGUGCAGUGCUGGCGUGUCUCUUGACAGUUAUUUGAGACGCCAAGCGGGACUGGCGCCGCCAUGUGCCACCAUGCAGGAUGAUGUGAAGCGCUUGUGGGCUUGUAAAUUGAUCAGUGUCUGCCCUAUAACUGACUUUUUCGAUGGUGGUGUCUGACCGCUGGCUUGCUUGCUCCUACUCGGCGUCGCCCUCUCGGCACCAGCUAGAGUUGCAUGCAAGGAAUGACGCAUGGUUGCUGCUGCUGAUUCAUGGUUGCCUUGCGGGUUGCCUUCACGCGCAUACGAUUGCAUGCACGUGGAGUGCUUUCAUGUGCUUUCGUGGCAACUUUAGUGGUUCAGUGGUACAUGAAAAGGGACUUGUUUAGACGGAUAUAUCCGUCAGGAUAUGCUGAGCCAGAACUCCUCAUUCGGAUUAUGCUCCGAGUCCAGUUUUUUGUGCAAAUGUCAGAAUAUGAACCGAUUCCGGAUACCGAACAACGACCUGGCAACAGGUGACCCAUGGGUUGGCUGCUGCCCUCAUUAUCUAGACAUGCGUGCGUGUGCGACUUCCUGGUUUCUGUAGCAAGCAGUCGUAGGCUGUCAACCAACAACAUUACAUCUAUAGCAUGUACGCACCAUUAGUACAAAUAAAGCAUUGCGGCGGGAUCGGUACGGUGCUGCAAAUGCCAACAAUGGAAUGUGUAACCGAAACACGCAUGG